GUCAAUGCGGUAUUGACAAGCACCACUGGACAGUGACAUGUCAGCACCAUCAAUUGGUCUGUAAGGGAUUGCAAGCCAAAUAACUGCAACACAAUGGAGGAUUCUGAAACCAUUUAUGAAGAUGUUGAUUAUGAAUAUAGGGAUUAUAGCAAUUACACCUAUGACAAUUCUACUCACGAGGAAGUAGCUUUCAAAACCCACAAGACAUGCUUCACAGAGGUUUCAUGCAUCUCCCUCCUGGUGGUCAAUGUAGUCAUCUUCCUGCUGGGGGUUUGUGGGAAUGGGGUGGUCAUCUGGAUCGCUGGUCUCAAGAUGAAGAAGACGGUCAACACCACCUGGUACCUCAGCCUAGCCGUCUCCGACUUCAUAUUCUGUACCUUUCUCCCCUUCAACAUCAUCAACACAGUGACAAAGGACUGGAUCUUUGGGCUCUUCAUGUGCAAGUUCACCUCUUUCGUGAUGUUCCUCAACAUGUUCUGCAGCAUCUUUCUCCUAGUCGUCAUCAGUAUUGACCGCUGUGUGUCAGUGAUGUUUCCAGUGUGGGCUCAGAACAACCGCACCAUGGGUAAGGCCUCUGUGGUGGUGGUUCUGGCCUGGGUUGCCUCUGUCGCCCUCAGCAUCCCCUCCAUGGUGUUCAGAGACGUCAAGACCCAUUUAGGGACGAGCAUGUGUUUCAAUAACUACACAGACCAACACAGCCACAAGACGAUCGCAGUGAGUCGAUUCAUUGGUGGGUUUGUGCUGCCAUUCCUCAUCAUCAUCUUUUGUUAUUCUGUCAUCAUCCUGCGACUGAGAACUAACCGAAUGAUGAGCAAGUCCUCCAAGCCCUUCAAAGUUAUGACUGCCCUGAUAGCCACAUUCUUCAUCUGCUGGCUGCCCUACCAUGUCUUUGUACUGCUUGAGCUGAACCACCAAAGCUACGACCUGCACAUUAUAAGAGCUGGACUUACGGUGGGCACUACGGUAGCCACAGCCAACAGUUUCCUCAACCCAAUGCUGUAUGUUUUCAUGGGCAAUGACUUCCUGCACAAACUCAAGAGCUCUAUACUGUCUAAGAUGGCGAAUGCCAUCGGAGAGGAGGCCCGCACCACCAGCCGCUACCUCUCAAGGUCCAGCUCCAUGGAGGGCAGCCGCAGAACCUCCACACACAUCUAAAACUCUAUGAGGAUGGUGUGGUGUCGAGACAACGAUGCUGAUAUGCUGUGAUGACAAGAAAUCCGCUGACACU